GCAUAAAUCGUUCAGCUCUGCCCGCACAUGUGGCUGUUGUUUUAUUAAUUGCAAGUGUUUUGUUUCGCAGACCGCUUAAUUAAUUAUCUAUAAGUUAGUUGUGUGCUAGUGUUAAGAAAAGUGUUAAAAGCCUGAGGAUUCACAUUUGUUUAAGCUGCGGCGGAAAGCGGGAAGGCAUUAGCAUAAGCGGUUCGCAAAAAUGAUGCACUAUCGCAAGGCGGAGAAUGUGGAGCAGGAGCUGAGCAAAAAUGAUUUACCUUUCCAGAAUUGCAUGCCAAAGACGCACAAGGACUUCCUAUGGAUGCAUGUCAAGGGCGGCACCAAGCUGAGCAAUGUCAUUGGCUAUGCACAGUCGGCGCUGGACAAAGGCGAAUACCGCAGUCUGGUCUGGAGUGGCUCCGGUGGCGGCGUUGUCAAGACCAUAUCCUGCGCUGAGGUGCUCAAGCGCAGUCAUCCGCUUUACCAGUUGACGCGCAUGGGCUAUACGAGCGUGGAGGAGCACUGGAAGCCACAAAUGGAUGGCCUCGAGGAGAUCAUUGUCAACCGCCAAAUACCCACACUGCACAUACUCAUGAGCCUGGACGAGCUGCCAGAUGGCAUAGAGGGGGUACAAAACCCGAAUACAACCAGCGAUUUCUGGCAGCACGAUGAGCCACCUGCCAGCAGACCAGCGGCUGCAGCUGGACGCACAAAUAAACGCCAACCAUUUGGACGCAACAGACCCCGCCAACCACAACAACAACCGCGACACGGUCAGGAUAGUCAAAACACAUCCGUCCCGGAGACUGCGGCCAGCGAGCAUACUUAAUUUAAGUUUACUUAUCUAAACAUUUUUAGAGUUGUUAUGGUAAUUAUGUAAAAAACUGUUCGACUGGUGGCGAGUUUAAGAUACGCUGCACAGCUGAUUCCUAAAAUAUCGAAAUUUGUAAGAAUAAGAUUUUAUAUAUAUAUAUUUAAUCUGAUUGUCCUAACUGGUUGAUCCAAACCACACAAAAAUUUUGAAAAUUUGACCCUCAAUUGAGGAAAUUCGUAAGAAAUCAUUUUGAUUGUGUACUAUAUUAAAUCGUUUUAAACGAGAUUCACUGAUGCGAAAAGUCUAGCCCAGACAUGGUGGAAUAUACGUUGCAUAAAU